AUGACUUCAUCACACUCUACGACACAUGACGACUCUUUACGAAUGAAUUUUCCAUAUCCAUAUUUUCUGAUUAGCGUAACAAACUAUCCACAAUUGACACAACGUACACAUCCGUGCUCUACAUUCUACGAGACUUCGAAUCGUCAAUCACAGCACAACGCCAUGCUUAUACCAGGUGUUCUCGUCCACUUUGGAGCCGCUUCUACUGAUCAACACGAACGAUUGUUAUACAAUACUGCUCGACAUCAAAUUCGACAAAUUAUUCGAGCAUAUCUUCGACAUACUCGUCAAUCGUAUCCAAUUCAUUUAGUUUUCGAUCUGAGCGAUCUAUCAACAGAUUCCUAA